GGGCUUCAAUUCAAACCAAGAAAGGGCUUCAAUUCAAACCAAGAAAGUUGGUUUAGAUUUACCUCUUGGUGAAAAUGAAUACAGGUAAACAAGUCAAUGAUGUGGGCACAACGAAUAUUGAAAACAAGUACCCGGCAGCUUCCUUGAAAUAUUAACUUUCUCCGUCCUUUCCCAGAAAUUGCUACCUUUCUUGAUGCCAUCAGGCUCAAAUACAAGGGGCAGCACCUCUUUGUAUCAUCAGAAGGAGCAGAUUUGCCGAACGUCAAUCUGCUCGUCCUCGACUUCCAUAUUCACUUGUAAUUUCCAUUAACUGAGAAUGCAAAUUGUUGAGGGAUCAGCUGAUACGGUCAUAAUUGAUAUCCACCGCCAGCUUGACGGCUUGCCUUCUACACCCUCCAAGCCCACUAUCUAUAGAGUAGAUAGUCAUUUGCGGAGUGAUAAGUGGAACGAUGUUUAUGAUCCGGAAAUACUUUCAAUUGGCCCUUAUCACCACGGGAUUCUUAGAUUGCAGAACAUGCAACAGCUUAAAUUCAGGUACCUAAAGCGGUAUCUUAAACGUAGAAACGAGCAAAGUGUGGAAAGAUAUGUAUUGACUGUGGUACAUAUGGAGAAAAGAGCACGGAAAUGUUAUGCCGACUCUUUUGACCUUGAUGAAAAUGCAUUUGUGACGAUGAUGUUACUUGAUGGAUUCUUCCUCAUUGAAUUAUUUCGCUAUAGCAGUUUCAAGCAUCUGAGAGAUGCCGAUGAUCCUAUUUUUAGACACGAAAGGAUUCUGAGCCAAUUGCGCCACGACAUUCUUCUGCUUGAGAACCAACUUCCGUUCUUCAUCCUGAAUCAGUUGUUCAACAUGACCAAGACCGAUGAAAAUCCAGAGGAAGACCUAAUUACUCUUGCUUUGCGUUUCUUUGAUGGCAUGUUACUAAACUUGUCGGUAUCAAGAGUCCUGACAAGAUUGCCUGUCAAGAUUAUCGACCAUCUUUGUGGCCUAAUACAUGACGUUUGGUGUCUUCCUUUUGCCGAGGCAAUAUCACAUACAAGCAAUGAAAGAGACAAGUGGGAAAACGUAAACUCCAUCUCUGGUCUGCGAGAGGCGGGAAUUAAGUUCAAAAGGGCGAAAGUAGACAACAACCUGAUGGACAUCAAAUUCGUAAACGGCGUGUUGAGAAUUCCACAGCUGAUCAUAUAUGAUGAGACAGAGUCACAACUCAUGAAUCUAAUAGCAUAUGAGCAAUAUAUGUCUGAUGGGGAACGUCGAUACGUCUCAGAUUACACGUUCUUCAUGCAUUGUCUCAUUAACACAUCAAAUGAUGUAGAGCUACUACGUAGUCGUGGGAUAAUCGAGAACUGCUUGGGGGAUGAUGAAGAAGUCUGUCUGAUGUUUAAUCGGUUGGGGAGAAACAUCCUGACAUCUACAAAUUUCUGUUACUCCCAAGUCUUCUGCAGUGUGAAUAGGCACUGUCAACGUCGUGGCAAGAGAUGGAAAGCAAACCUGCGUAGGAAUUACUUCAAUAGCCCGUGGACAAUCAUCUCGUUUCUUGCUGCCGUGGCAUUACUGGUUCUCACCUUGACGCAGACGACAUACACCGUUCUUACGUACUACAAUCGCAAGAGAUAAUUUCUCGGCUUGUUAUUAAUAAUGUGUUUUCUUUGUCGAAUUUGUGACUUAAUAAUCCCCUAUAAUGCAGUUCUGAGCAUUAUAUGAUGAUCUUAGGAUGUCUCGGAGUGGCGUUUGGGAAAGAUUAUAUUCAUGUCUUAGUCAUAUGUUACAUACAUGAAAACUUAACUGGUAUGGAGAUUGAAUUGUUGUAGUGUGAUUGUGGCAAAUAACUUGUGAUAUAUAUUUGUUGGAUAAUUGAACUUUCUUCAAUCAAA